GAACAACUCGCCAAGACGCCCAGCCGAUUGAAGUCACCCCUCCUUCGCCGAUCCGCUCCGCCUCCACGCGGCCGCGGCCGCGGACGACGCAGCGGGCGUAGCGUAGAGAACGUGGAACGGAGCGUUGCGGGUCGCGUUCGACCGCUGCUGCGAUGCAACUGGUGAACUCCAAAGGCUUUGGUGCCGCUGUGGUGGCCAUGGCCUGUUUGCCCACGGUGCUUCUGUGGGGCUUAUGGCGCCAGAGUGCCAGCGAACAGGUCUCCGAGAUGGAACGGCCGGAGCUUCCGGUGGACGGAUCGCGCCACUUCGGCGAGACCUGGUGGAAGGCGCACGAGAGGAACCAGGCCUCGGGUCAGCGCUUCCAGUGUGACGCCUCGAAGCCUCCCUUGGUCUUCUUGGGCGAUUCGAUUUUGGAGUCGCUGCUGGGCACGGAGUUGGGACGUGCAGUGCCGCGCACUCAAGGAGUCGCAGAGGUCCUGAAAAUCUAUGAGCGGCACUGGAGGCCGUUGGUCUUGGCGAUCGCAGGGGAUCAAACACAACACCUGUUGUACCGCAUGCCCAAGGAGCUUCCUGGCUGCUUGCAGUCUUCUUCUAAGAGCACCUUUCUGGUGCUCAUUGGCACCAACAACCUGGGCGCCGGCUUUUCGGUGGAGCAAACCGUGAAGGGCAUCAUGGCGGUGGCCGAGUGGCUUUUGGAGAACACCCAAGGCCGCUUGAUCUUCCUGCACUUGCUCCCCCGCAACAAGCCCUCGCGCCAUGGUCAGCUCCAGAGCAAGGUCGCCGCGGUGAACGGCGCGAUGGACGUGGAGCUGGCGCUGCGCAAUGCGUCGGGGCGCCUCGAGGUGAACCGCUGCGGGAG